UAUAAAGUAUAAAAUCAGCCAGUUUGUGCCUAGUAAAUGUGAACCUCCUGUUCAGACUAUACUUGAUCUCAUCAACCUUACAUCUCCUCUGUGAGAACGAUCAUCAUGUCUCAUCACGCCAUCCUUGGUACCUCUGGACACAAACAGUUCAGCUCCUGUUCCGUAGCUCUGCCUAAACAUGGAAGCUCACACCAAUCUUUUUCACACUCUUCCAAAUCUGCCGCUCAUGGACACAAGAACUCACAUUGCUUCAGCAGCAGAAGUGCCCAGAGUAUGGGUUCCAAGGGACAUAAGAUCUCAAUUGGAAGUUUUCAUUCUGGGAAAUGUGGACAAGGAUCUGGGCAUGGAUCUGGACACAGAUCUGGACAUGGAUCUGGACAUGGAAUCACUUCAGUUACUGUGAACCAAAGUCUCUUGGCUCCUCUCAAUCUGGAAAUUGACCCAAGCAUCCAGAGAGUGAGGACACAAGAAAGAAAUCAAAUUAGGGGGCUGAAUGAUAAAUUUGCUUCUUUCAUUGACAAGGUGAGAUUUUUGGAACAGCAGAACAAGAUGUUGGAGACUAAGUGGGGUUUCUUACAAGAACAGAAAAGUUCCCGCUUUCAGAUAGAACCACUGUUUGAGGCUUUUAUCGGUAACCUCAGGAGACAGUUGGAGAACCUUGGAUGUGAGAGAGAACGUCUGGAAGCAGAAAGGAACAAUAUGGAGCAAAGUGUAGAUGAACUAAGGAGAAGGUAUGAAGACGAAGUAAACAGACGCACAGCUGCAGAAAAUGAGUUUGUUGGACUUAAGAGGGAUGUAGACACAGCUUUUAUGGACAAAGCUGAGUUACAAGGAAAGGCUGAAUCCCUGACUGAUGAGAUCAACUUCCUGAGGACCCUGUAUGAUGCGGAAAUAGCCCAGCUCCAGGCUCAGAUCUCAGAUACUUCAGUGGUUGUGUCCAUGGAUAACAGUCGGAAUCUGGACCUGGAUGGAAUCAUUGCUGAGGUCAGAUCUCAAUAUGAGGACAUUGCUAACAGGAGCAGAGCUGAGGCGGAGGCCACGUACCAGUCACGGUUUGAAGAGCUUCAGACAGCGGCAGGAAGAAAUGGGAAUAAUCUGCAGAGCAGCAGAGAUGAGAUCUGUGAAUUAAACCGAGCAAUUCAGAGACUGAGGGGAGAAAUUGAUAGCGUGAAGGGACAGCGUGCUGCCCUAGAAUCUGCUAUAAAUGAGGCUGAGGAACGUGGAGAAUCUGCUGUCAGAGAUGCCAAGAACAAACUGUCUGAGCUGGAAGAUGCACUGCAGAAAGCCAAGCAGGACAUGGCUCGUCAACUGCGAGAAUACCAGGAGCUGAUGAAUGUGAAACUGGCUCUGGAUAUUGAGAUCGCCACCUACAGAAAGAUGCUGGAAGGAGAGGAGUGCAGGUUGGCUUCAGGAGACUCUGUUAAUAUCUCUGUGCUGCAUUCAAGCACUGGAGGACAACACAGCUCAGGAGGAUCGUCCCAGCGUGGGGGUACCCUUCAUCAUAAGGGUGGAUUCGGUGCUAGCAGUGGGAUGGGCAUCAGCCACCUCUCAAAAGGCAAACACAGCUCUGGCCACGGACACCACUGCUAAAUUAGAAGCAUAGCUAUAGAUGUUAGUGCUGAAAUAUAAAAGUAGAUUGUAGAGCCACAUUCUGUAGACUUUCUUUAAACCACAAAGUAGCAUUUAAAGCAUUUUCUCAAGUUUUUUUUUUCUGUUCCUGCUUAUAUUAUAUGUGUUUCUUCAAUAAAGAUUCAUUCAGUUGCAAA